AAAGGCAGCACACCUGGUUUUCUCUCUCUUGUUCCUGGGGUCUGAAAUCUGUUUAUUAUUCGUUGCUUGGGUUGGCAAAAACAAACCCUAAAACAUCAAUCUCCUCUCAUCUCAAUCUGAAAUCGUAUAAUCUUUAAGAGACUACCACCACCGUCCUGCUCAUUUGUCACAUGCGUCUCCUCCUGAUUACUUUGUCCGCCAGGGGAAUACAACUUAUCAAGACGAUCUAUUUUUGAGGAAGAGGACAAGGAUGCGUCGGUGGCUUUGUUGCACUUGUCAGGUGGAGGAGUCUUACCCAUCGAACGAGAAUGAACACCUGAAAAGCCCAAGGAAUUAUGGAGACAACAACCAAAAAGGCUCAAAGGUGUCAGCUCCUGUCAAGCCUGAAACACAAAAGGCACCACCACCUAUUGAAGCUCCAGCCCUAUCUUUAGAUGAGCUGAAGGAAAAGACUGACAACUUUGGUUCAAAGGCAUUAAUUGGUGAAGGAUCGUAUGGAAGGGUGUAUUACGCAACCUUAAACAAUGGAAAAGCAGUGGCUGUGAAAAAGCUUGAUGUUUCAUCUGAACCAGAAUCAAACAACGAGUUUUUGACCCAGGUUUCCAUGGUCUCAAGAUUGAAGAAUGAUAAUUUUGUUGAGUUGCAUGGGUACUGCGUUGAAGGAAACCUCCGUGUACUUGCAUAUGAGUUUGCUACUAUGGGCUCUCUUCAUGACAUAUUACACGGUAGAAAGGGAGUUCAAGGUGCACAACCAGGGCCAACACUUGAUUGGAUACAGCGAGUUAGAAUCGCAGUUGAUGCAGCCAGGGGAUUGGAGUAUUUACAUGAGAAAGUUCAGCCACCAAUUAUACACAGGGAUAUCAGAUCAAGUAAUGUGCUAAUAUUUGAAGACUACAAGGCUAAGAUAGCUGACUUUAACCUUUCCAAUCAGGCCCCUGACAUGGCUGCCCGUCUUCAUUCAACUCGUGUAUUGGGAACUUUUGGUUAUCAUGCUCCAGAAUAUGCAAUGACUGGGCAGUUGACUCAAAAAAGCGAUGUCUAUAGUUUUGGUGUUGUUCUUCUUGAGCUUCUCACAGGAAGAAAACCUGUUGACCACACCAUGCCUCGAGGACAGCAGAGUCUUGUCACAUGGGCUACUCCACGAUUGAGUGAAGAUAAAGUGAAACAGUGCGUUGACCCAAAACUGAAGGGAGAAUAUCCCCCUAAAGGAGUUGCUAAGCUUGCAGCUGUUGCAGCACUGUGCGUGCAGUAUGAAGCGGAGUUUAGGCCGAAUAUGAGCAUUGUUGUUAAAGCACUCCAACCACUUCUGAAGACUCCUGCUCCUGCUCCAGAAAGUUGAAGCAAAUGAAAUGGUUCACUUUGGUUUCUGCAUAUUCUGCACAGCUCGAUUCAAUUAUCUCCAGAUUUCAUCAAAUACUGCAGAUAUAUCUAUAUUUUUUAUUUUUGUUUGAGAUUGGAUGUGUAGGAUUUGAUUGGCUCGUUUCAUGUCAUUGUUAAAUUCCAUGUAUUUAUGGCGUCGCACUUGUAUUGCCGAGUCUACUGACAUAUAUAGAGCCAUGAUGUCUCAUAGGUUUGGGUUGCGUGGUGCAUAUCUGUGGGUAAUGUUGUUUGUCAGUUAACGUUAAUGCCCUCAUAUUCUUUAUUUGUUUCUUGCUAUCAAACUGAGCUGAUACAUGUCUUGAAAGACCCA